UCGAUGCUUUGCCACCACUAUUGCUAAAAAACAUGGAAGAAUUAGAAAAUAUAAAUAAAAACUUACUAAGUGCCUUGGCAAAGUUAAAAAACAGCCGGGGCCAGGGGGCCAGCGCGGACUUUCAGAGUCGCAAGGAGAAAAUCGCCAAGCUGAUCCGCCAGCACCUGCACCAUGUGCAGUCCACCGUGGUCACCUUGCGGCGCAGGGCCCAGCAGAGGACGAGGCGACGAUUGAAGAUGAUGCGUUCCUUUUUCAUGCAACAGAUGAUGGAGAUGCACUCCAACUACCUGCAAAUGUUUGCCAUGAUGCGCCUAAAGCAGGCCGAUGUCGAUGAUGAUGAGGAGACCGAGGCCAGCGGGACGGAGGAGGUGGUCACAGCGACGGACUUCCCUGUGUUCGAUUCCCGUUUCUUUGAGGACGUGAUUCCCGAGCUGAGCGAAUGGGAAUUCCUGAGCACCCUUCAUGUAACACGCGGCACCUUUGAAACGCUAUGCAAGCAGCUGGCUCCCACUCUCAAGAUGGCCGAGGAACUGACACGCAAGACGCCAACCAUUUCGACCGAAAAGUGCGUGGCUCUGGCCCUUUACUUCCUGGCCGGCGGAGAGCGCCUCUCCCUGAUCGCUGAGCGUUUCUCCGUGCCCCGGCCACGGACGAUCAAGUGCCUGAAAGUCUUCUGCAAUGCCGUCAUGUCGACUUUGGGACGUGCUCUGCGCCAGCUGCCUCAGCAUCCGGUGGACUGCAACAGUGUGGCGGAGGGAUUCCAGCGCGAAAGCAACAUGCCACCUGCCCUCAUCGGAGUCCUGGGCGUCUGCUCCAUUCCCAUAAGAGCCAAUGCUGGUGACGUUAAGCACUCCACCAGCGGUUCGGUGCUGCGCAUGGAGUAUCUGCUGGACGAUCGCAUGCUCUUCAGGGAGCUGCAGCUGGGAUGUGGUGUUCGGGCAACGCUGGUGCCCAUGUUCUCCCAUGCGCCCAAUAACCUCUCGACCCUGCCCAAAUUCCGCAUCAACGAUCGGCCAGUUCCGGCCUUUGUGUUGGCUCCCGUUUAUCAGAAUUACCCCCUCCGUCCGUGGUUGCUGCAGCGCUAUAUAGACCCAAUUGCCCCACACGAGCACGACUUCAAUGAGGUUGCAGAGCACCUCCAGGAGCUAAGUGACUGUGCCCUGCAUCGCCUCAUGUCUCGCUGGAGUUUCCUCAGCCAGCCACUGGACAUUAGCUUUCACACAGCGUCUUGCAUCAUCACCGCGGCCGCAGUGCUGCACAAUCUGUUGGAGGAACUGAGCGAGCCCCAUCUGCUGGAGUGGGGCAACGCAGUGGACGUGUCAAAGUUCCGGGCGGAGCCACUGCCGGACAUCGUGUGCGAAGACAGACAAACAAAUGCGGCGCUCGAAGUGCGCGACUUUCUAGCUAGAACCAUAAGCUCCACCGAAAUCUAACCCUACAUCUUAAUUAAAAUACAGAGUUUUUAGUU